AGAAAAGGCAAGACAACUCUGACAACGGUUAAUUAAAAAACACCAUAUCCCACAAUCCAAAGCUUUGUAUUGACAUGCAGCAAUGGCGGCUUCCACUGCCAAUGUGGAAAGCAUAACAGCACUGUUGGAUAACUAUUUAUCAAAAGUUGGAUUUGAAGUUUACCCUCUGAAGGUCGGAUGGUAUAACUCUCUGCUUCCUCCCACCCUGCGCCUCGCUCAACCAGAUGACUGCCUGGCUGUGGUGGUGCUCAGCACUCCUGCUUUGUUUGAACAAGCCUUCCUGCCCUUCAUGGAGGAGAGGGGCUGCCAGGGACUGUCUGACCCCAUAGACCAGUGUGUCAAACGCUGCGUGUCCUCUGCUGUGUCCCAGUGUUUCCCAGGACAGGAAGUGGAUGUGAGGUACGACUACGAGCUGCUUCCCAGCAGGAAGCCGAAGUUCUUGGCACAGACUGCGGCUCACGUGUCCGGAGCAGCUUUUUACUACCAACAGUCUGAUGUCAAAGACCAACCCUGGGCUGAAAAGAUGUUCGGAGUGUGUGUGCAUCCGAGGUUCGGGGGCUGGUUUGCCAUCCGCGCCCUGUUGGUGUUUGGAGGUGUGACGGUGGGCUCUGAGAUGGUGCAGCCUCCUCCUCCUGACUGUGUGCCGUCCAGAGAGGGCAGGAUUCAGCUGCUUGAAGCCUUCAACUAUCGCUGGCAGGACUGGAGCUACAGAGACAUCGUCCGCCCGGUCCAGAUCUACUCUCAGAAACAAAAAGACUACUUUGCAACUCCUCCUGCUGAGCGGUGUGCUCUGCUAAAGACUUGGGGUUUCUUUUCGAGGGAAAGCGAUCAACCUGAUCCAACAUCAGACACAGAGAGUCAGGUGACCGGACAUGGCUGAAACAGCUGAAGAGUGGAAGUAUUGCAGAUCCUCUCUGAGAACAAACCUCCACUGCUGAGCUUGUAAGGCUUUGCUGAAAACUUUUUAAGGUACGAGGGAUACUUUUCAGGCACCUGCGCAUGAACAUCAACUGCUUUAUGGCCUUCUUAUGAUGUGUUUCAUCAUAGUCUUCUCUACAUUUGUCCACACCAUUGAGAAAAAGUAGUUCCUAGCAUCUGAAACAGGAACAUACUUGGAUCUAUGAAUAUGUUUUAAAAAUUGGCGCAAAAUUUGGUGCUUGUGCAAACUGUGUGAGUUUGUUUAAACCAAUUAUUUUGAGAUAUUAUUUUUUAAAAGGAACAUUGUACGUUCUGGUAAAUGAACCCAAAGAGAACAAACACUCCUUCUGGAAUAUUUACAUUUGCUUAUAUUUUGAGGCCAUAAAAUAAACAAAAGAUUAAUGUAUGA